AUGCACUCUGAACGCGCUCGUGUGGUCAAUCAGAUUCAACGAAAGAUUGUUGUGUGUGGAGAUGGAGCAACCGGCAAGACAUCGCUGCUGAACGUCUUUACGCGAGGCUGGUUCUCGGCUGUCUAUGAGCCAACUGUUUUUGAGAAUUACGUUCACGACUUGUACGUCGAAGAUCAGAUGGUUGAACUGAGUCUAUGGGACACCGCCGGUCAAGAAGAGUUUGACCGGCUACGAUCGUUAAGUUACGCUGAAACCCACGUUAUAAUGUUAUGUUUCUCUAUAGACAGCCCAACAUCACUGGAAAAUGUUGAGAGCAAGUGGCUAGAUGAGGUGCUGGAGUACUGCCCAGGAGUCAAGCGCUCAAAUGCGAUUUGCGAGACGAUCGCUCAACUCAAGAAAGGCUGGCACGUUAUGGUAUGCACACAGUACAGUACGAGGAAGGGCUGGCAGUUGCAAGACGAAUACGUGCAUCCCGCUAUCUCGAAUGCAGCGCAAAGCACAACCGGGGUGUCAAUGAAGUAUUUUUUGAAGCUGCACGUGUUUCUGUGGGCACCCGCCCCAAAGGAUCAGGUUCUUAUGGCGGUGGACGCUGUGUGA